CAGCAGAACGUGACACUGACUAACACACACGUGUCACUAGGUGGCGGCGCUGAGCUGAAAUCGACACGCGCUUGAAGAAGAAGAAGAAGACGCAGCGCACGGAGCGGUUUUGUCAUGGCGGCGGGACCGAUUUCUGAGAGAAACCAAGAUGCGACAGUGUACGUGGGUGGUCUGGAUGAGAAAGUGUCUGAGCCGUUACUAUGGGAACUCUUCCUUCAGGCUGGACCGGUGGUGAACACACACAUGCCCAAAGACAGAGUGACCGGACAACAUCAGGGUUACGGGUUUGUGGAGUUCCUCAGUGAAGAAGAUGCUGAUUACGCUAUAAAGAUCAUGAACAUGAUAAAACUCUAUGGUAAACCCAUCCGUGUAAACAAAGCCUCAGCGCACAACAAGAACCUGGACGUUGGAGCAAACAUCUUCAUCGGGAACCUGGACCCUGAGAUCGACGAGAAGCUUCUAUAUGACACGUUCAGUGCAUUCGGUGUCAUCCUGCAGACCCCCAAGAUCAUGAGAGACCCUGACACAGGGAACUCCAAGGGUUACGCCUUCAUCAAUUUCGCCAGCUUCGAUGCGUCUGACGCGGCCAUCGAGGCGAUGAACGGUCAGUACCUGUGUAACCGCCCCAUCACCGUGUCCUACGCCUUCAAGAAGGACUCUAAAGGGGAGCGGCAUGGAUCUGCUGCAGAGAGGCUCCUUGCAGCACAGAACCCGCUCUCACAGGCCGACCGUCCACAUCAGCUGUUUGCUGAUGCUCCACCCCCACCGUCUGUCCCCACCCCCGUUAUGACUGCACUUGGAGCGGCCAUGCCCAUCACCGGCAUGCCUCCUCCUGGUGCUUUCCCCCCAGUACCCCCACCAGGGUCUCUACCUCCAGGAAUGCCCCCCGGGAUGCAGAUGCCCCCUGCCCCGGGCACUCCUGCUUCUCAAGGAGGUUCUGCAGUGCCCCCUCCUGGACCUCCACCAUUCCCUCCAGCAGGAAUGCACCCACCAGGAAUGCCGCCUAUGCCGAUGCCUCCUUCUGGACCUCCUGGGAUGGUUCCACCUCCUCCAGGAUCAAGCCAACAAAGAGCCCCACCUCCCCCUGGCAUGCCCCCUCCUCCUCAGAUGGGCAUGCCCCCCCGGGGACCAUUUGGCCCUCCCAUGGGCCCUCCGAUGCCCCCUGGGAUGCGAGGCCCGCCUCCCCCGAUGCCACCCCCAGGUUACAGCACAGGCCCACCUCGUCCUCCUCCGUUCGGAUUUCAGAGACCUCCGAUGCCCCCGCGGCCCCCCGCACCACCCCGGGCGCCCAUCAGAGCACCCCUACCCCCCUAACAUACAGAUUAAUUACAGCCAUGGCUUUAUUUUAUUUUAUUCUCAUUCCACUUUACUGAAGGACAGAACUGUUUGGAGAAUCUUCUGUAUACUGAUGAGUUCCUUUUAUUUUCACUGUUCUUUAAUAGGAUUAAAUGUCAAUAAACAUUUUAUACAGAAA